AUGCACAGCACCCCCACGCCAGAGGUCAUGAUCUCCACCUCGCUGACCUCGCCGAGGGCCUCGUAUCGACAGAUGCUGCAGUCUCCGCCGAUGCUCUCAGCCAGGGGACACAACCUGCUUGCUCCCAGGAUAUUCCCUCCGCAUUUGGUCUCCGAGUACGAGUACGCCUCAAUGUCGGAGGAAGCGUCGGACGAUGGCCCUCGCUCACCGGCAUCAGACAUGGACCUCAUUCCGCAGUUUGGCGGUCACUCGGUGCUGAGCGAGUCGACUCCCUCGCUCCCCUCGCCGCCGCCAAAGGAAAACUCGCUGGUCUCGUUUGCGAACCUCUCGAUUCCGCACGAGCCGUCCAAGCCCGAGCCGGUCUCGUCGCCCGACUGCUCCCCGGUGCAGACCCCACGCGGGCAGCCGGAUUCGGAUGACGAGCCGGAAAACACGAGUGAUGGAAGCAGCGGGCCACCAAGCGGCAUGCUUCGGACACAGCGUGCGUCGACGAUGGCUGCGCGCCCGUCACGGAUGCGCGCCCGCAAGGCUCUUAUCCGCUCGCUCUCCCCGCCGCCGUCGCACGUCAUGCCGCCGCCGUCGUCACCUGGCGAUGUCGCUGCCACUGCCGACGCCAUCGGCCUCGCCAUCCCCCCCCUCGACAUCACCGGCCGCCGGAGCCGGACCCUGACCGAGUCAUCGCAGCCGGGUGCCGCGCCGCGGCCGCACGCUCACCGCUCGAUCUCGGGCGACACUGCAGUGUCCAAGACGAGCAUUGCGCGACUGCAGCGUGCGCGGACCGCGUUCCUCCGCGACGCCAAGGCCUUCAAGCGGGCGCUCAAGGCCGCUGGCGCGCAGCCACCGCCGCCGCCCGCCCGCGGCACGACGCCCAAGGGCGGGUCAGCCGGUGCCGCCUUUGUGCUCUGCCACACCAAUGCGAGCUCGGUGCUCGCGCUCAUUGACGAGCUGUCCGACUACGACGUCGAGCGCAUUGUGGUGGAGAAGCCCGACUUUCGAACCGAGCUCCUCCAUCAGUACCUGCGCGCAUGGGACCCGGCUUGUCCGGCCAAGCGCGCGCUGUACCCGGUCCUCUUCUCCGCGGCAGCCAUUGCCGCUGUCCUCGAGGACCUCGCGUACACCGCCAUUCUGCAGUUGGCCUCGCCGCCUGAGCGCCACCGCGUGGUAUCGGUCGUCUCGCCGCGGGCAGCCCGCGAGCUGCACUCGGCCACGCCGACGCCGCGCUACGACCCCGGUGCGCCGCUGUACUCGACGACCGGCUCGGCUUCAGCGUCGGCGUCGGCCUCGGUCUCGUCAGCCACUAUCACUCCGCGUGAUGUUCCGGGCCUCCCGCCACUUGACAUGCACUCCUGUAGCAACAAGAUGGGCGGCGCCGACUCCCCGCACUCGCCACCGCGCGCCUCGACCUCGUCGCCGGCCAUUGUCGACCCGAGCACGCUGCGGAUUGCCGCGCCCCGCUCGCGCGAAGUCUCGCCACGGCUCGACCCGUCGUCGGGUGAGAACACACCUGUGCUCGACAAGUCGACCACUGGCUUUUUUGGCCUCCUCCGUAAGAUUGGCAAGCGCUGGUCGCGCAAAGGAACGCUCCCGCCGUCGCGGAUCGCCGCAAGUGCUGCCGACGGAGCAAGGCCAAUCGAGAGCGAGUCUCCGCUGGAGUCGCCAGAGCUGCAAAAGGCACCCUCCGGGGAGUCGGACGCCGCCGGUGUCAACGCCAACAACGUGCUCAUUCCCGCGCUUGGAGAGCUGCCACUGGAGCAGGCCCAAGCCAAGGGUGCCAAGACGCCGAGCACAGCGACAACGGCAACAACAACGACGUCGACGACGACGGCAUCAACGCCCGUCUCAGCCCCGCUCCCACCGCCAAACACGCCGCUCGCCGGCAAGCUGGCCGACGUGGACGUGCCGCAGCUCUUGCUCUGCCGCAUCUGUGAGCAACAGGUGCCGGACCUGCCUGCGCACUCGCGGACCUGCCUCGCCAUUGCCGAGGACGAGGAAAAGGCCGGCUCGGUUGACCUGCGGCUCAUCGGGCAGCUGCGCAAGCUCAAGCCGCACAUAGAGGCGCUGGAGUCCGGGCUCAAGGCACCUGGUGCGUCGGAGCUGAGAGAGGACGGGCGGACCGAGCCUGCACACGCGCGGGCCAAGCAGCAGCUCUCGCUGCUGCGGCUGGUGGCAGACACCAUCAUCAACCUGGGUAUCAACGAGAACUCGGUCUCGUACGACGACGCCAUCACGUCGGCUUCGAUGGCGGUCGACGUCCUCCGAUCGCACGCCGACAAAGUGGAUCUUUCGGUGGUGACGCAGCUCUCACUCGAGAAGCUCAUCGACAAGGCGUGCAGCUUGCUGGAGACCAAGAUGCAGGCGCUACUGUCUGCCAAGACCAAGGCGGCCGAGUCUGCGGCCGAGUCGGGCCACGCACGGAAUCCGGAGCACACGGUUUGGGUGACGCGAGCAGCGUCGCAGCCAAACAUCCUCACGCCGCCGGCAGGAAACCCGGUGCCGACGGCGCCGACGAGUGUGGCCCAAAGGGCGCUGGCGGCGCAAAAGGGCCACACGCGGCGGUCGUCAAGCGGCUCGGGCCUCAUGGGCGUGCCCACCAUCCGCGAGUUCAAGAUCAUCGACCGGAUUAGCGCCGGGGCGUAUGGGAGGGUGUAUCUCGCGCGGAAGCGGACAACCGGUGACCUGUACGCCAUCAAGGUGAUCAAGAAAAAGGAUCUUGCCCGUAAGAACCAGCUGCAGUAUGCGCGGGCGGAGCGCGACAUCCUCUCGGACGUGCACGACGCACCGUUUCUGGUCACGCUCUACUUUGCCUUUCAGUCGCAGCGCAACCUGUACCUCGUGAUGGAGUACCUCAACGGCGGCGACGUGCUGGCGCUCCUGUCGGCGUUUGGCGCGCUGGAGGAGGCGCACGCGCGGCAGUACGUGGCCGAGGUUGUCUCUGCCCUCGACUACCUCCACUCGCACGGCAUUGUCCAUCGUGAUCUCAAGCCAGAGAACCUGCUCGUCGACUCUAAGGGCCACCUCAAGCUCAUCGACUUUGGCCUCUCGUUCCGCGGCAUGAUGACGGACCACCCACUGCACAACGUUGUCUCGUCGUACUCGGACGAAGGGGGCACCGAGGUGCCCGAGUCGCCGGCAUCGGGCAUGUUGGGCCCUGUCGACAGCGAGCGGCGCCACAACUCGAACGUCGGCACGCCCGACUACCUCGCUCCGGAGAUCAUUCUCGGUACCGGCCACGCACAUCACGUCGACUGGUGGGCGCUUGGGUGUGUGACCUUUGAGCUCCUUGUCGGCCUCCCGCCGUUCCAUGCCGACUCGAUCGAGCUCCUCUUUGCCAACAUUGUCGAGCGCAACGUGGUCGGCGGGUGGCCGGCGGUGCCCGAGGACAUGUCCGAGGAGGCGCGCGAUUUUACCGACCGCCUGCUGGUGCUGCAGCCCGAGGAACGGCUCGGCGCGUGCGGCGCGGACGAGGUCAAGGCCCACCCAUGGUUCCGCGGCAUCGACUGGGCCACAGUCCACCAAGGCCAGGCGCCGUUUGUGCCCAAGCCGGUCGACGCCGAGGACCUCUCGUACCACGACGACCGCUCGGGCAAGUCGAGGCUAGACGAGGCCGAGCUCCGCGAGGUCGCCGAGGACGACGACCACCAGCACCGGGUGCUCGAGGAGCUCCGCCCACCGCCGAUGUCGCCGGAGCUGGCGACCGCCAAGUCGGCGCCGCCCGCGCGCAGCCGCCGCUCGGGCGGGCCGCCCAAGUACGGCGUCUUUGAUGGCUUUGCCUUUGGCGGCCCCGCAUCGGACUCGAUCCUUGCCCGCCCGAACCUCGACGACGAGGUCGCAGACGACGCUGGCAGCGGCGGCGACCAAGCCGGCGACGACGACGCCGUCCUCGACCUCUCAGACUUUGCCGUCGUCAACAAGCGUGCACUGCUGAAGAAGAACAACGAAGUGGCUAUGGCGUCGCCCAAGACCUCGCGACCGCACUCGCGCACCGCCUCGUUUUCCGGCGUCCCGCCGCACAUGAGCGACCUCGCCAGCGGCCCGGGACUCUCCAACUCGUCGUCGACCUCGCACCUGGCCGACCUCCGCGACCGGCUGCUAGUCAUCCAAGCCGAUCGCUCCGACGAGUCCGGCGAGUCGCGGGAGCUCUCGAUCUCACCGAACAUGUAG